CAUGGCGUCUAUGCGUAUCGCGACGAAGCAUCAAAAUAACAUCGCGUGUAUUGACUUUACUCUUGACAAUAAGAUAAUCACGUGCGGCGAUUCUGGAGAAUUAGGCUUACUAGAAAAAGAUGGAGAAGUACCAAAAGUAUUUAAAAUUUGUAAAACAGACUUAACAAGUGUCCGAUGUUCGAAAAAGAACGAUUGGAAUCUAUAUGUUUCAUCUGGUACCAAAAUUUUUUCCAUGGAUUUAAGAAAAUUGGACAAUCCAAUUGCAACAGCGGAUUCAAAUAACGAUGAAAUUAAUCAAAUAGUUCUUAAUGAUGACGAGAGUCUAUUGGGAGCUUGUGAUGAUGCUGGCCACUGUCGCAUAUUUAAAACAGCCGAAUUCUGCUGUUACAGAAACAUCAAGGGCCAUACAAACAUUUGUGCUACUGUGGGAUUUUUAGAUGACGAUAUUUUGACUGCGGGGUAUGAUUUUAUGAUCAAACGUUGGAACUUUUCCCGAAGACCAAAAAUGCUAUUUUCUAUAGAUACAAGGCAAUUAGAACCAAAUGAAAGCCAGCAGUACGUGUUUAACCCACCUUUUAUACAUAGUCUGUGUAUAGGUGAUAUAGUUGCGUUCGGUUUGGAAAGUUCUAGUAUUUUAUUGUGUAACAAAAAAGGGAAACACCUGCCUAUUAAGGGUCUCCUGAAAAAUGGACACACAGUUGGGGUCUCCAGUGUUCAAAUAGUCAAAGAGAAUUUAGUUUCUGCUGGCAAUGAUGGAAAAGUCAUACAAUGGAGUUUAAACGAUAUCGAAGAAGAAAAAGAUAAUAUGGAAUUAUCUACCAAGAAUAUAGUCUUAUAUCAGGGAGAAAAAUUAAAUUGGAUGGUUCCUGGCGUUUGGGAUGGAAAAUCGGUUAUGGCUACGGUUGAUCAAACAGAUAAAGUUACAAUUAUACCACUUAGGCAAUUUUAA